CUAGGAACGUGAUAUUCAGGAACUGACGUGUGUACAUGGAACAACAGCGUGUUUUUCUAGAAUUUCGCACAGAGCUUCACAUGAACUGUUUUAAUUGACGGCAGUAUUCACCCAGACAGUCCUCACAAUGCAGGAGCAUCAACCAGAGUGUCUUUACCUCGAGUUAUCCUCCCACAACUAUCAGCACUCUCUUCCGCUACACACAUCCAGUGCCCUCUUCCUUCUGUCCUACUGCGAGUGCACAUCCUUCAAAGUCUUCCUCGUUUCUGCCAAACCUGACACCGACAACUCACAAUCCUGGAGGUCACAGGUACCAGAGUCCCUGGAUGUAUCUGUGGUCUGUGUCAAGGACCUGCCCGCACUGGUGAGAGGCUGCCGUCUCCCUGCCGUUCUGGGUGAGACCGGGAGGUACUGCCGGGCCGGGCUGGCUGUGGUACUGCGGCAUAUUAUUAACAGGACCUGCGAGGCGGACCCUAGUAGGAUGGAUGCAUUGUCACUGCUGGGCUUCAAGAAGACCUGUCUGAAAGCCUGUGCUGAGGUGAGCCAGUGGACCAGGCUGUGUGAGCUCAGCAUCCCCUCUGCCGUUGAGGCUCACCUCCAGCAGCCCACCAACCCCACUCAACACCUCCCCCCCGCACUCCUCAGUCUCGAGCGGAGGCUGGGCGAACCCGUCAAGGUCCACAACGACGACAAGAUUCGCCGCCAGAAGCUACAGGACCAGCAGAAGAAGAAGAACAUCCAGAAGACGGCCUCCCUGGAUCCCAGGGACCCACAGGGGGGCCCUGUGAUGGACGACGCCCAGCUCCAGGAGUUCCACUCCGCCAAUGGUCUUGAACUCCGAGCUGCCCUGGCUAAGCUGUCUGUGAGUGAUGGCGCAGUUCCGCCGACCACCACCAGGUGGUGCUCCGACAUCAGGAAGGUGAAGACCACUGUGCUGCCGCCACUGGAGCACCUAUUUGCAGAGGGCCUGUACUUCACUCUGACGGACGUGGUGCUGCUUCCGUGUGUCCAUCAAUACCUGAGCUCUCUUCGGAGCAUCGUCGGCAGUGCUGUGCUUUCCCAGCUGCCCCUCCUAAUGCGUUGGUACCACCGGGUCCAGGAAGUCCCCGGGGUCCUUAGGGCGGCAGAGGCCUGUGGAAUGAUCCUCUCUAGCAUCCAGGCCCCCGCCGCUGGCCCCUCAACCCCAGCUGAGGAACCUCAGCCCAGCCAAGUGGACAAGGAAAGCCUAGUGAUGACCAAGGAGGUGCACUUCGUUGGAGGCCCCAGGCCUACAAUGACUAAACUAAAAGAGUGCGGUGUCGAGGCAGUCUUCUCCCCUCACCCCUGCCCCUCGUGGACUCUCCCAUGGGACAGUUUACCUGCGGCCGUCAAUCCCACUGAAGGGAAGAUGUCCGACGUCCGUGCUGCCAGGAAACGGCAGCAGCUGAACAACCUGGUCGCCAUGGUGACGGAGCUGGCCCGGCCAGGGCAGACAGUGGUGGAUUUCUGCAGCGGUGGGGGUCACGUCGGGAUCGUUCUGGCUCACGCUCUGCCCGACUGCGAGGUGAUCCUGAUAGAAAACAAGGAGGAGUCUCUACAAAGGGCGGAGCAGAGGUGUGCUGAACUGGGCCUGACCAAUAUUGGCUUGAUCCAGGCUAACCUGGACUACUUCACUGGACCGUUCCAUAUCGGGGUGGCCCUGCAUGCGUGUGGCGUGGCGACCGACAUGGUGAUGGAACAGUGUGUCCAGGCAGGAGCGGGCUUCGUGGUCAGUCCCUGCUGCUACGGCUUCAUUCAGAACACACUCAAGUUCACCUUUCCCAGAAGCAAAAUGUUUCUGGAGACACUGAGCUAUAAGGAGCACAUGAUCCUCUGCCGCUUCGCGGACCAGACAGCUGUCCAACUGCCUCCAGAACGACGUUUAAUAGGUAAGCAGUGCAUGGGUCUGGUGGAUCUGGACCGCGCCCGGGCAGCGGAGUCUCGUGGGUACUCUGUCAGGGUGAUGACCAUGGAGCCGGACAGCUGCUCCCCCAAGAACAACAUGCUGGUGGGUGUGGCUAGACAUGGGCCCGGAGGUUACCAUGACACCUAAUAAAUCAGUCUGAAUCUUGCCUUACAAGAGAGAUGUAUUGAUACUGGGUGGGACUGCCUGGAAUUUUUUAUUUUUUGUCGUUCCAGGGUUUUUUUAGGCCUAAUUACGGGUUAUGUUCAGUUUGGUAGAACAUGUAUUGAAACCAAGUGAAACAGGGAUGGGCCUGUCCAAUAAGAACAAGCAGCAAAACUCGAUAUACAAUCAGUGCCAACCUGAGAAAACAGUACUGUGACAGAGAUGAGGUCCUGAGAUCUAAGGAGAAUGAACUGCCCAGGUUGAAUUGAUGGUAAUUAUUACAAAAGGUCUCUCGACACUUUCACCUCAAGUUGAUCUUGUCCCAAGUAUUUAGCUUACUUGAAAUUUCUGUGUGGGAAUUGAAACUCAAUUUUUUAUUUUUAACAGAAAAUGUGUUUUAAUGCCCAAGGCAAUCUUGCCAUAGUUAUUGAUGAUACACACUGGGACUUCAGUAUAUGGCACAAAUCUGGUAAAAUGUUCUGUUUUUGUACUUUUUCUAAAAGCUCCUGUUAAAUAGAAUGAAUGGUCCUCCAGACCGUGUAAAAUAAAUGGAUAACAUUUUCAAA